ACAAGCAAUUCUUAUCGACCCUUGAAAGUUCCCGGGAAACGAGCGGUAGGUGCAUCUCAGGCCGGCGAUUGCUUGCAGACGAGACAGAGCAGCGGCGCGGUGGGAAACGGCGCGGAGGGACGAGACGGCACCGGCCCCCUGGACCGCACCCCGCGGACGUCGAUGACGAUGGCCGUGACUACGUCGGCGCUACCGAUGCAACCGAUCUACGUUUCCGCGGGAUCGUGCUCCGCCGCCGACGGCCCGAAUCUGCAACGCCGGCGACUACGGCAGCAGGAACCGCAAGAAUUAUCUCUGACGCGGCCGGCGGACACGGCCGCGUCCUCGUCGUCCGUCCGCGACGAGCCCGUCAGAACCCCGCUCUCCGCGAACGUUCUCCUGUCCCUGCCGGCUUCGCCGAAACGGUCGUCGGCGAGCCACUCUUCGUCCAGCAAGACGCCCGCCAUAUCCAAGUCGCAGAUGAAAGAAUUCAGGGAGGCCUUCAGGCUGUUUGACAAGGACGGCGACGGAACUAUCACGAAAGAAGAACUCGGCAGGGUUAUGCGUUCCUUGGGACAAUUUGCGAGAGCGGAGGAGCUGAGGACGAUGCUGCAGGAAAUCGACAUUGACGGUGACGGUAACGUCAGCUUCGAGGAAUUCGUCGAGAUCGUCAGCAACAUGGGUGCGAGCACGGCGGCGCCGUCGGAUCAGCAUCAGGAGGAGCAGGAAUUGCGAGACGCCUUUCGGGUGUUCGACAAACAUAAUCGUGGGUAUAUCACUGCGUCGGACCUUAGGGCGGUGCUGCAAUGUCUGGGAGAGGAUCUUUCCGAGGAGGAGAUUGAAGAUAUGAUUAAGGAGGUGGACGUGGACGGGGACGGCCGAAUUGAUUUCUACGAAUUCGUCCACGCUCUCGGCGAGCCGGGAAUCGACGAGGACGAGGAGGACGACGACGAGGACCUGCAGUCUCCGCUCUACUAAGAUCACGUUUUAUUCUCACAUCUCUCUUAGAUAAGCCAUACCGAUACGGGGCAAAAGCGAUGUGCAAUCUCGCUUCCGCGAAAUACUCUUUCUCUCGCGUUUCGCAAUCCGAAACGCGCGUGCGAUAUCGACAAACGGUACGAGGCUCAAACUUCGACUUCGUCAACCCGUUUACGUUUCGCGUUUCAAUUCUCAUCCUUAUUCUCAAAUUUCAGAAUCAAACUUUAAUCGCUGGAUCGCGAAGGUCUCGCUAAGCGCGUUUGUGAAUAUAGAUCUUAAUACCAAUAAAAUAAAUCUGCACCGAGCUAUCGCUAUCUGCGAAUCAUCGCGAGUACAGCACGAGUUUGCAUCUUCGAUGUAUACUAAAAACACACGUCACACGGGACCCCGUCGACCGGGGAGGGAAAUUUUCGAUAAGUCACGAGUUUCGUGACUCGAUGGCUCGCGAGGCUUGAUUUAAUUAACCGUCACCGGUCGUCCGCUGAUGAGCGCGCAACACGUGAACAUUUCCGAACCGUGGAAUUACUUUCAACUCUAAAAAUCCCGCGAUCCCACGCGAGUCCAAUAACUUCAGCUCGCUCGCACGAUUUCGCAAAAAUUCGUUUCGAGAAGGGAACGAUUCCCCCUGCAAUGAGAUAAAAAUUCCAGUUGCGGCGGUGAGCCGAGCAAAGGCGCGCGCGAGUAAAGAUCGCGAGAAGCGAUUCUUUCGUUGGCACGCCGCGAGAUAAUUACGAGCGAGAUGUCGCCGCGCUGGACAGCGAUAAGGGCCCCUGGCGACUCGCCACGAGUCCGCUAAAACGCCGGAUAAAUCGUCAGCGGUCGACUAUGACUUUUAUCUCGGAAAACGGAAGUUAUUCGGAAAGUGAAGCCCGUGUCCCUCCAACGGGCACGCUGAUAUUCCUCGCGACGUGGUGGACGAGCAUCAAACACGCAAGAGAGAGAGAGAGAGAGAAAGAGAGACGUUCGACUGAUUGAAAAAUAGAUGAUUCUCGCUUUGAUAUCGGGAGGUGACGCGGCUUCCGCGACUACGCCCUUUUUCCGAGUCUCGCGAUGCCGCGCUGGGGCGACUUUAAGAUGUAAGAUCGAUUAGACCGUAAUAUGAAUUCCGUCUCCGUAUGUGGACUUUUUUUCCUCGAUUUUACUCUCGUCUAAUACUAGAUAACGUUACACUCUAUCUGAAUUUACUCUUAAGAGGAAGCUGGACGCACCACAACCUCUUCGCGGAUCGCGCGCGUCCGAUGCAUGCGUCGCGAUGGCGCGAUCGCCGAGCGAGCGAGCGGGAAGGGAAAAGAAAGACCGAAGGAUCGUAAACGUCGCUCGCUCAAUCCCGACGAUCCGCAGUUACCGUGCCGAAUCGAUGGACCUCCUGGCCACGAUUCUCUCGCCCAGAGUUAUCCGGCGACCGGCGGGCGGACCUCACAUCGAUCUUCGCUCGCUUUGCCCUCCUCGUAUUACGUACCUUAAACGACUAUAUCACUGUUACGCCAAUAACAAAGCCGCACGCUGUUUCAAAUAUUUUAAAGGAUUUAAUAAAUCGCUAAAAAAUA